CUGAACAAUAGAUUAUAACACUGUCAUAAAGAUGUUCUUAUACCACAGUGUUAGAAUGCCAGUUAGUGUAUUUGGAAAGUAUUCAGACCCCUUGACUUUUUCUACAUUUUGUUACGGUACAGCCUUAUUCAAAAAUGUAUUAAAUCGUUUAAAACCCCAUAAUGACCUAGUAAAGAACAGGUUUAGAAAUGUUUGCAAAAGUUUUUUUUUUUUAACUAAUCACAUUUACAUAAGUAUUCAGACCCUUUACUCAGUGCUUUGUUGUAGCACCUUUGGCAGCCUCGAAUCUUCUUGGGUAUGACGUUACGAGCUUGACAACUGUUUUUGGGGAGUUUCUCCCAUUCUCUGCAGAUCCUCUCAAGCUCUGUCAGGUUGGAUCGGGAGUGUUUCUGCACAGCUAUUUUGAGGUUUCUCCAGAGAUCGGGUUCAAAUCCGGGCUCUGGCUGGGCCUCUUGGACAUUCAGAGACUUGUCCCGAAGCCACUUCUGCAUUGUCUUGGCUGUGUGCUUGGGGUCAUUGUCCUGUUGGAAGGUGAACCUUCGCCCCAGUCUGAGGUCCUGAGCAGGUUUUCAACAAGGAUCUCUGUACUUUUCGCCGUUCAACUUACCACAAUCGUGCGUCACCUUAGGGAAGGUGCUAGGUUUUCUUCAGCCUUGGCAUUCAGGCCAAACAGUUCAAUCUUGGUUUUAUCAGACCAGAGAAUUUUGUUUCUCAUGGUCUGAGAGUCUUAACCUCUCUAGGGUAUGUUGUAAACCUGGCCAACAUCCAGUGAGAUUGCAGGGCGCCAAAUUAAAAUACAGAAAUACUCAUAAUAAAAAUUCAGAAAAGAUACAACUAUUUUACAUAGGUUUAAAGAUUAACUUGAUGUGAAUCCAACCACUGUGUCAGAUUUCAAAAAUGCUUUACUGCGAAAGCAUACCUUAAAAUUAUUUGAGAACACCAGCCAAGUAGAAGAGUUACACAAGUCAGAAAUAGAGAGAAAAUGAAUCACUUACCUUUGAUGAUCUUCAUAUGGUUGCACUCAGAAGACAUACAUUUAUUCAAUAAAUGUUCCUUUUGUUCGAUCAAGUUUCUCUUUAUAUCCGAAAACCUCCGUUUGGUUUGUGCGUUUUCUUCAGUAAUCCACAGCCUCAAACGCAGUCACAACAGUCUGACGACAAAUCCAAAUCAUCAAAGGUUAGUGAUUGAUUUUCUCUUUCUGCUUUUUGUGACUCCUCUCUUUGGCUGGAAAAUGGCAGUUUUUUUGUGACUAGGCGCUGACCUAACAUAAUCACAUGGUAUGCUUUCGUCGUAAAGCCUUUUUGAAAUCGGACACUGGGGUUGGAUUAACAACAAGUUUAUCUUUAAAAUGGUGUAUAAACUUGUAUGUUUGAGGAAUUUUAAUUAUGAGAUUUCUGUUGUUUGAAUUUCGUGCCCUGCACUUUCACUGGCUGUUGUCAAAUCGAUUCCGUGAACGGGAUUUGAGCCAUAAGAAGUUGUUUAAGGUGCCUUUUGGCAAAUUCCAAGCGCACUGUUGUGUGCCUUUUACUGAGGAGUGGCUUCCGUCCGGCCACUACCAUGAAAGCCUGAUUGGUGGAGUGCUGGAGAGAUGGAAGAACCUUUCAGAAGGACAACCAUCUCUACAGAGGAAAUCUAGAGCGCUGUCCGUGACCAUCAGGUUCUUGGUCACCUCCCUGACCGAGGCCCUUAUAAUAAUAUAAUAAUAUAUGCCAUUUAGCUGACGCUUUUAUCCAAAGCGACUUACAGUCAUGUUUGCAUACAUUCUACGUAUGGGUGGUCCCGGGAAUCGAACCCACUACCCUGGCGUUACAAGCGCCAUGCUCUACCAACUGAGCUACAGAAGGACCAGGUCAGCGCCUUCUCCCCCGAUUGCUCAGUUUGGCCUGGGGGCCGUCUCUAGCAAGAGUCUUGGGGUCAUUCAAUGCUGCAGACAUUUUUUGGUACCCUUCCCCAGAUCUGUGCAUCCACACAAUCCUGUCUCGGAGCUCUACUGACAAUUCCUUCGGCCUCAUGGCUUGGUUUUUGCUCUGACAUGCACUGUCAUCUGUGGGACCUUUUUAUAUGGACAGGUGUGUGCCUUUCCAAAUCAUGUCCAAUCAAUUGAAUUUACCACAGAUGGACUCCAAUCAAGUUGUAGAAAUAUCAAGGAUGAUUGAUGGAAACAGGAUGCACCCGAGCUCAAUUUUGAGUCUCAUAGCAAAGUGUCUGAAUACUUAUGUAAAUAAGGUAUUUCUUUUGAAUUCAUUUGCAAAAAUAUCAACACCUGUUUUCGCUUUGUUGUUAUGUGUAGAUUGCUGAGGAAAUGUUUUUGUGUAAUCCAUUUUCAAAUAAGGCUGUAACGUAACUAUGGAAAAUGUCAAGAGGUCUGAAUACUUUCCGAAGGCACUGUAUAGACAUUGGGGCAAAAAAGUAUUUAGUCAGCCACCAAUUGUGCAAGUUCUCCCACUUAAAAAGAUGAGAGAGGCCUGUAAUUUUCAUCAUAGGUCCACUUCAACUAUGACAGACAAAAUUAGAAAAGAAAAUCACAUUGAAGGAUUUUUUUAAUGAAUUUGCAAAUUAUGGUGGAAAACCAGUAUUUGGUCAAUAACAAAAAUGUAUCUCAAUACUUUGUUAUAUACCCUUUGUUGGCAAUGACAGAGUUCAAAUGUUUUCUGUAAGUCUUCACAUGGUUUUCACACACUGUUGCUGGUAUUUUGGCCCAUUCCUCCAUGCAGAUCUCCUCUAGAGCAAUGAUGUUUUGGGGCUGUUGCUGGGCAACACGGACUUUCAACUCUCUCCAAAGAUUUUCUAUGGGGUUGAGAUCUGGAGACUGGCUAGGCCACUCCAGGCCCUUGAAAUGCUUCUUACGGAGCCACUCCUUCGUUGCCCGGGCGGUGUGUUUGGGAUCAUUGUCAUGCUGAAAGACCCAGCCACGUUUAAUCUUCAAUGCCCUUGCUGAUGCAAGGAGGUUUUCACUCAAAAUCUCACGAUACAUGGCCCCCUUCAUUCUUUCCUUUACACGGAUCAGUCGUCCUGGUCCCUUUGCAGAAAACAGCCCCAAAGCAUGAUGUUUCCACCCCCAUGCUUCACAUUAGGUAUGGUGUUCUUUGGAUGCAACUCAGCAUUCUUUGUCCUCCAAACACAACGAGUUGAGUUUUUAACAAAAAGUUAUAUUUUGGUUUCAUUUGACCAUAUGACAUUCUCCCAAUCUUCUUCUGGAUCAUCCAAAUGCUCUCUAGCAAACUUCAGACUGGCCUGGACAUGUACUGGCUUAAGCAGGGGGACACGUCUGGCACUGCAGGAUUUGGGUCCCUGGCGGCGUAGUGUGUUACUGAUGGUAGGCUUUGUUACUUUCCCAGCUCUCUGCGGGUCAUUCACUAGGUCCCCCCGUGUGGUUCUGGGAUUUUUGCUCACCGUUUUUGUGAUCAUUUUGACCCCACAGGGUGAGAUCUUGUGUGGAGCCCCAGAUCGAGGGAGAUUAUCAGUGGUCUUGUAUGCCUUCCAUUUCCUAAUACUUGCUUCCACAGUUGAUUUCGUCAAACCAAGCUGCUUACCUAUUUCAGAUUCAGUCUUCCCAGCCUGGUGCAGGUCUAUAAUUUUGUUUCUGGUGUCCUUUGACAGCUCUUUGGUCUUGGCUAUAGUGGAGUUUGGAGUGUGACUGUUUGAGGUUGUGGACAGGUGUCUUUUAUACUGAUAACAAGUUCAAACAGGUGCCAUUAAUACAGGUAACAAGUGGAGGACAGACAAGCCUCUUAAAGAAGAAGUUACAGGUCUGUGAGAGCCAGAAAUCUAGCUUGUUUGUAGGUGACCAUAUACUUAUUUUCCACCAUUAUUUGCAAAUAAAUUCAUUCAAAUCCUACAAUGUGGUUUUCUGGAUUUUCUUUUCUCAUUUUGUCUGUCAUAGUUGAAGUGUACCUAUGAUGAAAAUUACAGGCCUCUCAUCUUUUUAAGUGGGAGAACUUGCACAAUUGGUGGCUGACAAUGCUUGUUUGCCCCACUGUAACUCUGUGUUGUUGUAUGUGUCGAACUGCUUUGCUUUAUCUUGGCCAGGUCGCAAUUGUAAAUGAGAACUUGUUCUCAACUUGCCUACCUGGUUUAAUAAAGGGGAAAAAAAUAAUAAAUCUGCAUGGUUGCUAGAUAAAAGCUAUUGUUAUUGCCUGUGAGAUAAUGGAAGACAUUACAGGUACUGUGUAUGUACAGUUGAAGUCAGAGGUUUACAUAAACCUUGGCCAAAUACAUUUAAACUCAGUUUCACAAUUCUUGACAUUUAAUCCUAGUAAAGAAUCACCACUUUUUAUUUUUAGAAUGUGAAAUGUCAGAAUAGUAUUAGUGAUUUAUUUCAGUUUAUAUUUCUUUCAUCACAUUCCCAGUGGGUCAAUUAGUAUUUGGUAGCAUUGCCUUUAAAUUGUUUAACUUGGGUCAAACGUUUCGAGUAGUCUUCCACAAGCUUCCCACAAUAAGUUGGGUGAAUAUUGGCCCAUUCCUCCUGACAGAGCUGGUGUAACUGAGUCAGGUUUGUAGGCCUCCUUGGUCACACACGCUUUUUCAGUUCUGCUCACAAAUGUUCUAUGAGAUUGAGGUCAGGGCUUUGAUGGCCACCCCAAUACCUUGACUUUGUUGUCCUUAAGCCAUUUUGCCACAACUUUGGAAUUAUGCUUAUCAUUGUCCAUUUGGAAGACUCAUUUGCAACCAAGCUUUAACUUCCUGAAUGAUGUCUUGGGAUGUUGCUUCAAUAUAUCCACAUAAUUGUCCUUUGCGCAUGAUUUCAUAUAUUUUCUGAAGUGCACCAGUCCCUCCUGCAGCAAAGCACCCCCACAGCAUGAUACUGCCACCCCCGUGCUUCACGGUUGUGAUGGUGUUCUUCAGCUUGCAAGUCUCCCCCUUUUUCCUCCAAACAUAAGGGCUACUUAAUGUUAGAUCCCUCACUUCCAAGGCAGUUAUAGUCAAUGAACUAAUCAUAAUCUUGAUGUGAUUGGCCUGACUGAAACAUGGCUUAUGCCUGAUGAAUUUACUGUGUUAAAUGAGUCCUCGCCUUCUGGUUACACUAGUGACCAUAUCCCUCAAAGGCGAAGGUGUUGCUAACAUUUACGAUAGCAAAUUUCAAUUUACAAAAAAACCUGACGUUUUCAUCUUUUGAGCUUCUAGUCAUGAAAUCUAUGCAGCCUACUCAAUCACUUGUUAUAGCUACAGGCCUCCUGGGCCAUAUACAGCAUUCCUCACCGAGUUCCCUGAAUUCCUAUCUGACCUUGUAGUCAUGGCAGAUAAUAUUCACAUUUUUGGUGACUUUAAUAUUCAUAUGGAAAAGUCCACAGACCCACUCCAAAAGGCUUUCGGAGCCAUCAUCGACUCAGUGGGUUUUGUCCAACAUGUCUACGGACCUACUCACUGCCAAAGUCAUAGUUUUGUCCCAUGGAAUAAAUGUUGUGGAUCUUAAUGUUUUUCCUCAUAAUCCUGGACUAUUGGACCACCAUUUUAAUACGUUUGCAAUCGCAACAAAUAAUCUGCUCAGACCCCAACCAAGGAGCAUCAAAAGUCGUGCUGUAAAUUCUCAGACAACCCAAAGAUUCCUUGAUGCCCUUCCAGACUCCCUCUGCCUACCCAAGGAUGUCAGAGGACAAAAAUCAGUUAACCACCUAACUGAGGAACUCAAUUUAACCUUGCGCAAUACCCUAGAUGCAGUUGCACCCCGAAAAACUAAAAACAUUUGUCAUAAGAAACUAUCUCCCUGGUAUACAGAAAAUACCCGAGCUCUGAAGCAAGCUUCCAGAAAAUGGCGCCACACCAAACUGGAAGUCUUCCGACUAGCUUGGAAAGACAGUACCGUGCAGUAUCGAAGAGACCUCACUGCAGCUCGAUCAUCCUAUUUUUCUAACUUAAUUGAGGUUAAUAAGAACAAUUCAAAAUGUAUUUUUGAUACUGUCGCGAAGCUAACUAAAAAGCAGCAUUCCCCAAGAGAGGAUGGCUUUUACUUCAGCAGUAAUACAUUCAUGAACUUCUUUGAGGAAAAGAUCAUGAUCAUUAGAAAGCAAAUUACAGACUCCUCUUUAAAUCUGCAUAUUCCUCCAAAGCUCAGUUGUCCUGAGUCUGCACAACUCUGCCAAGACCUAGGAUCAAGGGAGACACUUAAGUGUUUUAGUACUAUAUCUCUUGACACAAUGAUGAAAAUAAUCAUGGUGUCUAAAUCGUCAAGCUGCACACUGGACCCUAUUCCAACUAAACUACUGAAAGAGCUGCUUCCUGUGCUUGGCCCUCCUAUGUUGAACAUAAUAAACCUCUCUAUCCACCGGAUGUGUACCAAACUCACUAAAAGUGGCAGUAAUAAAGCCUCUCUUGAAAAAGCCAAACUUGACCCAGAAAAUAUAAAAAACUAUCGGCCUAUAUCGAAUCUUCCAUUCCUCUCUAAAAUUUUAGAAAAAGCUGUUGCGCAGCAACUCACUGCCUUCCUGAAGACCAACAAUGUAGAUAACAUGCUUCAGUCUGUUUUUAGACCCCAUCAUAGCACUGAGACUGCACUUGUGAAGGUGGUAAAUUACCUUUUAAAUGGCAUCAGACCGAGGCGCUGCAUCUGUCCUCGUGCUCCUAGACCUUAGUGCUGCUUUUGAUACCAUGGAUCACCACAGAGAUUGGAAACCCAAAUUGGUCUACAGGGACAAGUUCUGUUCUGGGUUUAGAUCUUAUCUGUCGGAAAGAUAUCAGUUUGUCUCUGUGAAUGGUUUGUCCUCUGACAAAUCAACUGUAAAUUGGUUCCAUUUUUAGGACCACUAUUUUCACUAUAUAUUUUACCUCUUGGGGAUGUCAUUCAAAAACAUAAUGUUAACUUUCACUGCUAUGCGGAUGACACACAGCUGUACAUUUCGAUGAAACAUGGGGAAGCCCCAAAUUUGCCCUUGCUGAAAGCCUGUGUUUCAGACAUAAGGAAGGGGAUGGCAGCAAAUGUUAUAUCUUUUAAACUCGGACAAAACAGAGAUGCUUAUUCUAGGUCCCAAUAAACAAAGAGAUCUUCUGUUGAAUCUGACAAUUUAAUCUUGAUGGUUGUACAGUCGUCUCAAAUAAAACCUGAAGGACAUUGGCGUUACUCUGGACCCUGAUCUCUCUUUUGAGGAACAUAUCAAGACUGUUUCAAGGACAGCUUUUUCCAUUUGCAUAACAUUGAAAAAAAUAUGACAUUUUCUGUCCAAACAUUAUGCAGAAAAAUGAAUCCAUGCUUUUGUUACUUCUAGGUUAGACUACUGUAAUGCUCUACUUUCCGGCUACCCGGAUAAGGCACUAAAAUAAACUUCAGUUAGUGCUAAAUACGGCUGCUAGAAUCCUGACUAGAUCCCAAAAAUUUGAUCAUAUUACUCCAGUGCUAGCCUCCCUACACUGGCUUCCUGUUAAGGCAAGGGCUGAUUUCAAGGUUUUACUGCUAACCUACAAAGCAUUACAUGGGCUUGCUCCUACCUAUCUUUCCGAUUUGGUCCUGCCGUACAUACCUACACGUACACUACAGUCACAAGACGCAGGCCUCCUUACUGUCCCUAGAAUUUCUAAGCAAACAGCUGGAGGCAGGGCUUUCUCCUAUAGAGCUCCAUUUUUAUGGAAUGGUCUGCCUACUCAUGUGAGAGACGCAGACUCGGUCUCAACCUUUACGUCUUUAUUGAAGACUCAUCUCUUCAGUAGGUCCUAUGAUUGAGUGUAGUCUGGCCCAGGAGUGUGAAGGUGAACGGAAAGGGACUGGAGUGACUAACUGCCCUUGUUGUCUCUGCCUGGCCAGUUCCCCUCUCUCCACUGGGAUUCUUUGCCUCUAACCCUAUUACAGGGGCUAAGUCACUGGUUAACUGGUGCUCUUCCAUGCCGUCCCUAGGAGGGGUGUGUCACUUGAGUGGGUUGAGUCACUGACGUGGUCUUCCAGUCUGGGUUGGCGCCCCCCCCUUUGGGUUGUGCCGUGGCGGAGAUCUUUGUGGGCUAUACUCGGCCUUGUCUCAGGAUGGUUAGUUGGUGUGGGGGCUGUGCUUUGGUAAAGUGGGUGGGGUUAUAUCCUGCCUGUUUGGCCCUGUCCGGGGGUAUCAUCGGAUGGGGCCACAGUGUCUCCUGACCCCUCCUGUCUCAGCCUCCAGUAUUUAUGCUGCAGUAGUUUGUGUCGGGGGACUACGGUCAGUCUGUUAUAUCUGGAGUAUUUAUCCUGUCUUAUCCGGUGUCCUGUGUGAAUUUAAGUAUGCUCUCUCUAAUUCUCUCUUUCUUUCUCUCGGAGGACCUGCCCUAGGACCAUGCAUCAGGACUAUCUGGCAUGAUGACUCUUUGUUGUCCCCAGUCCACCUGGCCGUGCUGCUGCUCCAGUUAAAUGUUCUGCCUGCGGCUAUGGAAUCCUGACCUGUUCACUGUGAUUACUAUUAUUUGACCAUGCUGGUAAUUUAUGAACAUUUGAACAUCUUGACCAUAAUCUGUUAAAAUCACCCGGCAAUGCCAGAAGAGGACUGGCCACCCCUCAGAGCCUGACAUUUCUCCAAAAAGUACAAUGUUUGUCCCCAUGUGCAGUUGCAAAUCUUAGUCUCUUUAUGGUGGUUUUGGAGCAGUGGCUUCUUCCUUGCUGAACGGCCUUUCAGAUGAACAUGGUACCUUCAGGCGUUUGGAAAUUGUUCCCAGGAUGAACCAGACUGAGGACUACAAUUUCUUUUGUGAGGUCUUGGCUGAUUUAUUUUGAAUUUCCCAUGAAGUCAAGCAAAGAGGCACUGAGUUUGAAGGCGGGCCUUGAAAUACAUCCACAGAUACCUGCAUUACCCCCUGGACCAAAACUAACCCUGACAACCUGCACAUCCCUAUUCCCUGUGACGGGAGGCCUUCAAGAGGUAUUUGCCUUGUCUGUGAGCAAAUUGGAACAGAAAGGGGGUGGAACUGGCACAGAGGGUCAAUUCAUGUCAUUGAUAUGAACAUUCUGGGGAAUACAACCUGUUUAACUCAACUAUGGAAAUGUUCCUUUACUUAAUAAAGUAUAGACAACUGAAAAA